UGGCAAAGACGCGUUCAAAAACGCCCAAGCAGGAGUCCGCAAUUACCGCGUUUUGUUUUAUCAUCACCCCGCAGCGGGCCAUUAUGACGUCGUCAUGAGAAGCGCGCGGCUCUUCUGCGGAUUCCCUUGAUUGACAGACCGCGGCAACAUAGCUGGUUCUCGCGCGCGGCGGCGCUGAAGACGAGAUGCGCUUGUGAUUUUUCCCCCUUUUUGUUAGAAAGCAUCCGUUUCCGACUACAGCUAUGUAGUUUCCACUCCGCUGCUUUUUUUAUGAUUAGGUAAAGUUGCAUUUGACUCGCAUCUGCGUUGCGUUCCGCUGUUGUCCCGGGCUGUGGAGCCGGAGUAAGUUAAGCAUGGGAUUGCCUGCGUUAGAGUUCAGCGACUGCUAUCUGGACAGCCCUCAGUUCCGAGAGAGGCUGAAGUCUCACGAACUGGAAUUAGAGAAGACCAAUAAGUUCAUCAAGGAGCUGAUUAAGGACGGGAAAGCUUUAAUUCAAGCCCUGAAAAAUUUGUCCACUGCGAAGAGAAAGUUUGCAGAGUCGCUGAACGAGUUUAAAUUCCAGUGCAUUGGCGAUGCGGAAACCGAUGAUGAGAUAUGCAUUGCCAAAUCACUACAGGAGUUUGCUGGAGUCUUGCAGAACCUGGAAGAUGAGAGGACACGAAUGAUUGAAAAUGCCAGCGAUGUGUUGAUUUUGCCACUGGAGCGCUUCAGGAAGGAGCAGAUCGGAGCUGCAAAGGAGGCCAAAAAGAAAUAUGAUAAAGAGACGGAGAAGUACUGCACAGUGUUGGAAAAACACCUCAGUCUGUCUGCAAAGAAAAAGGAAGCGCAUCUUCACGAGGCAGAUAACCAGGUGGACAUCGUAAGGCAGCACUUCUAUGAGGUCUCGCUGGAGUAUGUCUUCAAAGUGCAGGAAGUUCAGGAGAGGAAGAUGUUUGAGUUUGUGGAGCCGUUGCUGGCUUUUCUACAGGGUCUGUUUACAUAUUAUCAUCAUGGGUACGAACUGGCCAAAGACUUCAACCAUUUCAAGACAGACCUAACGAUCAGCAUUCAAAACACGCGGAACCGGUUCGAGAGCACUCGUUCUGAGGUGGAAUGUUUGAUGAAGAAGAUGAAGGAAAACCCGCAUGAACAUAAGAGCAUCAGUCCGAACACAAUGGAGGGAUACCUGUUUGUGCAAGAAAAACGUUCCUUCGUGUCCACGUGGGUGAAGUACUACUGCAUCUAUCACAGAGAGCCCAAACGCAUGACCAUGUUGCUGUUCGAUCAGAAGUCUGGGGCCAAAAAUGACGAGGAAAGCUUUACGUUGAAAUCUUGCACCAGAAGGAAAACGGACUCCAUCGAGAAGAGGUUCUGUUUUGACAUCGAAGCCGUGGACCGGCCUGGCGUGAUCACCAUGCAGGCGUUGUCGGAGGAAGACCGCAGACUCUGGAUGGAAGCCAUGGACGGAAGGGAACCGGUAUACACCCUCAAUCGUGACAGCCAGAAUGAAGCUAUGGCGCAAUUAGACGUCAUCGGCUUCAACGUUGUCAAAAAAUUCAUCUAUGCCGUAGAAACCAGAGGUAUUGAUGAACAGGGGCUGUACAGGAUCGUCGGUGUCAACUCCAGAGUGCAGAAACUACUCAGCCUGGCCAUGGACCCCAAAACCUGUGCAGAUGUGGAGCUGGACAGCACAGAAUGGGAGAUCAAGACCAUCACCAGUGCAAUAAAGCAUUAUCUCAGGAUGCUGCCGGCCCCUCUCAUGACGUAUCAGUACCAGAGAAGCUUCAUCAAAGCAGCCAAACUGGACAAUCCCGAAGCGAGGGUGGCAGAGAUCCACUCCAUAGUGCACCGUCUCCCGGAGAAGAACCGCCAGAUGCUGGAGCUUCUCACGAAACACUUGGCCAAAGUGGCCAGUCACCACCAGCACAAUUUGAUGACGGUUGCUAACCUCGGCGUAGUGUUCGGCCCUACGCUCUUGAGGCCUCAGGAAGAGACCGUCGCUGCAAUCAUGGACAUCAAGUUCCAGAACAUUGUGAUAGAGAUCCUGAUCGAGAACCACGAGCGGAUUUUCAAAGACAUGCCGGUGUCUGGAGGAGGGCAGGGCAACUCCCAGCUCAACCUGCCCAGACGGAGAAGCACAGACAGCAAGGCCCCGUCCUGCAGCGAAAGACCCCUCACGCUUUUCCACACCCCCUCAUUUUCAGAAAAAGACAAAGCGGAGAAGAGGAACAGUGUGGUUGUAAACUCCAGUGCAGAUUCGCCAUCAGUAAAUUGCAACAGCACACUCAGCUGGACUCGACUCAACAGCCUGCCCACCGGAGACGGAGACCAAGAUGGGCUUCAGCUGUCCAAGCAGAGUCGGCCAAAUUCACUUCAAAAUUCAAAGGUUCGCAGCACUGUGUCGACGAGCCCGGCUUCACCCAGUCCCACCUCACCGCGCUCCCCCUCGUGGCCGAUGUUCUCUGCCCCCUCCAGCCCCCAGCUGGCCUCCAGCACCUCCAGCGAAUCCUCCCCCGUCAGUGCUCCGCCACGAAAGGCACGUGCACUGUACGCCUGCAAGGCUGAACAUGACUCCGAGCUGUCCUUUAUCGCAGGCACCAUAUUCGAGAACGUUCAUCCGUCGAGAGAACCAGGCUGGCUGGAGGGCACCUUGGACGGGAAGACGGGGUUAAUUCCAGAGAACUAUGUGGAGUUUGUCUAGCUGUGAGUGAGGCACAGAGCUCGCUUUAGAAAACAACUGAACAUCCACAGAAAAGGCGAGUUGGUAUGCCCGAGCGUGUCUGUGUGAUAAUAUGGUUUUCCGGCAACUUUGGCAUUCCCCUAGCGUCGUUGUUCCACGCAAUGCCGCCAUUUAACAAAGUUCAACACAAGGUAAAAGGGAAAAAAAAAACAAGCCCUGGGACCAAGCUGUUGCUGCUCGGCCACAAUCAAGAAAUUGUAUUUUAGGGGCUCAUUAUGAAUUACAGAUUUUUUUUUUUUUUUAAUCGCCAUUCGUUUUUUAAAAUAAUGCUUUUAUGUGCGAGCACUUCCUGGUUCUCCAUGAUGUAAAAUGUGUGCCGUUUCUAUGCAGUCUGAGGCUUUUUGAAUGUUUUUUGUGUCCUUCAGGUCCUCGUAUCUGUUUGGUUUAGAACUACUAAGAGAUAACUGUUAAUUAUGGAAAACAAAAAAAAAAGCUCUUGCACUCUUUUGUAUAUCAGGAAGCAUUUCUAAAGAUACAGAAUUCCCUUUUUUUUGCUCCUUUCUUGUAAGUGUAAAUUAUUUCUUAAUGUGAAUUAACGUCAUAUGAAACCACUCUUAUUUAAGCAUUAUCUCGGAUGAGAUGCGUGUUCAUUUGGAGUGUAUUAACAUUGUAAAUUGAUAAGGUAUAAUUUUUUGUAAAAUGUGAAUUAUAUAUAUUUUUAUUGUAGCGCACUAACUUAAUUUUUUGAUAGCCUGAUUGAUCUUUUUACAUUAAGAAAAAAAAGUUUGUAAAAUUUUCUGAGCCUUAAUAUUCUUUAGGAUGUCAAACGAAUAAAAACAUGGUUCAGUUUAGAUUUUUGUUGUAUUAAAUAAUAAAGAAAAAAAAAAAUCACAAUUUGGUUGUUUUUUUUGUUUCAAAAGCAAAACUCAAAGUCUGGUUGGAGCUGGUUUAGUCUUAGUAUGCUUGGCACAUAUGAACUAUUCUAUAGAAUUGCCGCCUUUAUUUAAAAAUGUUGUAUUCUGAACUUUACAGACCAGUUAUAGUGCUGAGAAUAAUAUAAACCAGUGUAUCAGAGUGUAAUUUGGGACGACAUUCAUAUACAAUAGAAAUAAAAAAACAGCACAAUGAUCUCACAACACGACAAAAACACUACCUUCCCUCCGAACAAAUUUUGUCCAACAUUUAAUCAAAUGUGUGUAAAGAUCGACAUUGACUACAGGAGAGGUGUAAUACAGAAGUCAUACAAAACUAUUUUUUCAAACAAAUAGGCAUUGUAUAUCCUUUACAUUGGAUUAUUUUACAUAUAACUGAAAUGCAAACAAAACAAAAACCAAAAAAAAAAAAAAAAAAAAAAAAAGACUUUAAUGAAAGCCAUAUACCAGUGAAAUAUGAUUUGCCCUUAAUCUUUAAAGAUUUUUUUGUACAAAAUAUACUAUGUCAGGCCAGUAUUAGGGUAGUGCAAAUUGUCAGGCUCUGAUACAUUACUUUUACAUAUAUUUUUACUAGUUAAUUUUACAGCAUUAUACAUGAGACCAAAGCCUAAAUCUUUAUAAAAGAAAUAGAAAAGGAUAAAAGAAAGGAAAAAGAGCCUAGAGUUGGGUAGUAAGUGCUACUGUAAAAUAUAACUGCUUUAAAUAUUUUGAAAUCUGCGUUGCUUUGGUCACUCUGUUGCACUAUACAAAAUAUACUUUUACCCCCCGCCUCAUACCUUUCAAGCUGUCGUUCUUUAAAACAGUGAUUACUCUGUAUAUUCCCUAUAGAUUUACAACAUAACACUUUUUUUUCCAAAAGUCCAUCUGCAAUAUAGAUCUUGACAAAAACAAAACAAAACAUAGCGAUACGACUUUGUAUUAAAAUGAUCUUGCUGUAAAAUGAUGUGCAUAUCAAAGAGAAUCCGUGUAAUUAUAUUUUAGUCGCUUUUAAAAAUGAUCAAUGAUUACCAAACAAACAAAAAUAUCAUCUAGACAUUUCAGCACACCUCUGAAUUUAUACAACCUGCGUUUUAUGGCUCACAAGCUCCCUUCGCAAGGCCUACUGUGAAACGAAUAGAAAACGCGACAUCUCACAAACCUAGCGAGGAAUUCGUAAAAAACAGCCUCUUAAAAUACGCUAAAAUAUUUGAGGAAUCCGACAGGAGGACUGGGAUAUGUACUGUGACAUUUCAGUUUCACAUCAGCAGCUGGAAAUGAGCGUUAAACAAACAGUGGCUUGGGCAGCGCUCCAAAAAAAAUUAAAAAUAGCCUCUGAUCGCCGUCACUUUUUAAUACUGUACAUGGCCAUAGUGGCAAAAUGAACAGGUUAAUCAUCCGAGUCAAACAAAUAUAGUUGGGGUUUUUUUUUAAAUAGUUUUGUUAGGUCAAUGUUUGAAUUCAAUUGUCUUAUAUACAGAAACGCUAGAAAUUCCCGAAAUGUGCAGGAUACCCAAGUGCAAAAAAAAACCCCGAAACGAGGAAUAAUAUAGAAGGAAUAUUACACGAAUGUAAAUUCUGUAAUUAUUUACUCACCCAAACCCAGCUCGUUUCCGUACAACAUAGAGAUAGAAACAGAAGGACAUGCGGCGGAGAGCAAAUCGUGACACAAUUUUCAUUUUUGGGUGAAUUAUUAUUCCUUUGCGCUGGUACUUAAGCAAAAAACCCCUGAAGCGCAGACGGCGAUGUCAGCUGACACGUAACAAUGAGAGAACACAUGAGCGCGAGGACAACAAAUGUUCCUUUUGUUCUGAUGUUACCACAAAAGAGUGCGUUUGUGGCUUGGCACCGCGGGGACACUUCAAAGACACGACGAGAAAAAUGGGUCAAAACUUGUGGGCCUCGAAUGGGUUGCCAGAUUUAGAAUAUGCAGAGAGAAUUCCGAAAACGUUUCGAUUAAAAACGGCACGACAACAACAAAAAAAAAAAA